AUGAACAAAGUUGAAGAUUCUACAACAAAACUAUUGUAAGCUGAUUUUCUUUCAAUCGAAUAAAACAAUAAUAGUAAUUUAAUACCUCAAGAAAAUUAAAGCAUUUCAUUGAAACAAAAAAUUAAAAAUAUUUUCGUUGUACCAAUAUAGAAAUCUUCUCGUAAUAUAAGUUUAGAUGGACGAUGUGCUCCUAUUAAUUUAUAAAGCAAUGUAAUUAAGAAUUCUAAAUAUAAUGUUAUCACAUUUUUACCAAAAGUGCUUUAUGAAUAGUUUCAUCAAUUCAUUAACAUCUUUUAUUUAGGAUUAACAAUUUCAUAAUUCAUUUAACCUUUUAAAGUUGGAUUUCUUAUUGGAUAUUUAGGUCCUCUAGCUUUAGUGGUUACCUUAAGUGUUCUUAAAGAAUUGUAUGAUGACAUUAAAAGACAUAAAAGAGAUAGAUAAAUUAAUAGUACAAUUUAUAAGCGCUAUUUAAAUGGUUAAUGGCAAGAUAUUACUAGUGGACAACUACAAGUAGGAAUGAUCAUUAAAAUUAACAGUAAUUAACGUAUACCUGCAGACAUUCUAGUUUUAGAGGCAAGUGAUGAUUAAGUAUUUAUUCGUACAGAUUAAUUGGAUGGAGAAACAGACUGGAAAUUAAGAAAACCUGUUCAAUUUAUUUAAAAGAAAGGAUUAUAAAACUUGGAUUUGACUAAAUGCUCUUUAAUUUGUGAUCCUCCUUAAGAAAAUAUAUAUGAUUUUCAUGCUGUAUUUCAUUAGGAAUAAACAUAAGAACCAUAAUCAUUAGAAAAUGUUAUGUGGGCAAGUACAGUGCUAGCAAAUGGUAGUAUUAAUGGGAUAGUAAUAUAUAAUGGAUUCGAAACAAGAAUGGCAAUGAAUAGUAGAAAACCUUAAACUAAAUUUGGGAAAAUCGAUAGUAUUAAUAUUAAAUAUUUACUUAGCUGAAAUAAAUUAUAUGUCUAUAAUGUUAUUUAUUGCAAUGGGACUUUUGUCAAUAAUAAUAACCAUUCUUUCUCAACCUCCUUUAAAUAUUUUAGCAAUAAGCGUUGCAUUAGUUAGAUACCUGAUUUUGUUAUCGAAUAUUAUUCCAAUAUCUAUGAGAGUUAACGUAGAAUUUGCAAAAUUAAUAUAUUGUUAUAAGAUAUCAAUAGAUAAAGGGAUAGAAGGUACGAUACCUAGAAAUUCAAAUAUUCCUGAGUCGUUGGGUAGAAUAGAAUAUUUGUUAACUGAUAAAACUGGUACAUUAACAUAGAAUGAUAUGAUUUUUAAGAAAUUAUCAUUAGCAUCAAAAGUUUAUACUUAAGAGAAUUAUGAUGAAAUGAAAAUAAGUUUAUAAAAUGAGAAUGGAUUAAGAUAAGAUGAAACUAUACUAAGAGAUUUAUUAUUAGCAAUAGCAUUAUGUCAUAAUGUAACUCCAAUAGAAGAGAAUGGAGAGAGAUAAUAUUAAGCAUCAUCUCCAGAUGAAGUAGCUUUAGUGAAGAUAGCUGAAUCUCUUGGAAUAAGUUUAUUAAGUAGAGAUUAAAAUUCGAUGGUUAUAAAAUAUAAUGAAAUAGAAAGAAAUUAUGAAAUUUUAUAAAAUUUUCCAUUUUCUAGUGAGAGUAAAAGAAUGGGAAUUCUAUUAAGACUAGGAGAGCAUUAUAUAUUUUAUUUAAAAGGAGCAGAUGCAAUAAUGAAAUAGUUUUUACCAGAAACAUAAAGAGGAUUUGUAGAUGAGGAAUGUGAAAAUUUAGCUAGAGAGGGAUUAAGAACAUUAGUAUUAACAUAGAAAAUAGUGAAUAAAUAAUUUUAUGAGGAUUGGAAGAUUAGAUAUGAAUAGGCUUAAUGUAUUGAGAAUGGAACAUAGAGAUAAAAUAAAUUAAGUAAAAUAAGAAAAGAAUUAGAAAAUCAUAUGUAAUUUUUGGGAAUAACAGGAGUUGAAGAUAAAUUAUAAGAAGAUGUAUGUUCAACUUUAGAAAAUAUUAGAAAUGCAGGUAUAAAUGUAUGGAUGUUAACAGGUGAUAAAAUAGAGACAGCUAUAUGUAUAGCAAUAUCAAGUGGUAUAAAAUCAGGAACUUAAGAAAUAUUUUAAUUAAAAGAAAUAACCGAUGAAGAAACUCUAUAACAAAGAUUAUAAUAGUUUGAGACUAGAACUAAUUAAUUAUUAGUAAUAGAUGGUACUAGUUUAACUACAGCAUUUAAAAAAGAAGAAUUCUUCUUUCGAAUAGCAACUUAAGCUUAAUCAGUUGUAUGUUGUAGAUGUUCACCUACUUAAAAGGCAUUAGUCACUGAAUGUAUUAAAAAAUACACUCAUAAAAUAACUGCAUGUAUUGGAGAUGGAGGUAAUGAUGUUGGUAUGAUAUAAUCAGCUGAUGUUGGAAUUGGAAUUGAAGGUAAAGAAGGUAAAUAGGCAGCAUUAGCUAGUGAUUUCUCUAUUCUAAAAUUUAAAUAUCUAAAUUAACUUUUGCUUUGGCAUGGUAGAUUAUCUUAUAAGAGAUCUGCUUUGUUAUCUUAAUUUGUAACUCAUCGAGGAUUGAUAAUUUCUAUGAUUUAAACUGUAUUCAUGUGCAUAUACUUUUAUUUGAGUAUUAGUAUCUUUAGUAGUACAUUAAUUCUAGGUUAUGCAACUAUCUAUACGUAAUACUUUUUAUAUAUAUUCAAUUUUAGAAUGUUCCCUGUAUUUAGCAUUAUAUUUGAUGAAGAUGUUGUAGAAAAGGUAGCACUAGAAUUUCCUCCACUUUAUAAAUCAUUACAAAAGAGUAGAGAUCUAAAUUAAAAGACAUUUAUGAUUUGGUGUUGGAAAGCAACUUAUCAAGGUGCUAUCAUUAUGAUCUUGGCUUAAUUGUUAUAUAAGAAUGUUUUCUUAUAUAUUGAAACAGCGGCAUUCACUUCUUUAAUCAUAACUGAAUACUGUAUGAUUUUUAGUGAAGUAAUAUAAUCAUAUCUAAUCUAGCUAAAUUCCUUACAUAUUGUUAUGUUUAUUUCUACUAUUGGUUCUACUAUCUUUUAUGUACUUACUAUGGUUUUGAUUCCAGAAACACUUGUUGUUGCAGAAGUUCUUAAUGGAACAUUUUGGAUGAACACUUUUAUUAUUUUAUUAUUUAGUUGGUUACCAAUAUUUUUAUGUUAAUGGUUUGUACGAAUUAAAUAGCCAAACGAUUAUGAGAAAAUUAUGAAAUAAGUGAAAGGUAAGAAAAAAAUAAAAACCAAUCUAUUCACUUGA